AUGGCGAACAACAUGAAUAAUCUAACUACCCUCAUCAAGCGGCUUGAAGCUGCUACAUCGCGCCUCGAAGACAUCGCCAGCACCGUCCUCCCGAACAGCGGAGUUGACAGCCUCAAUGGAGCCUCCACAGAUGCCACACCAGGUGUGACGGCAGGAAUUGCCAGUGUCGGUGCACCAAAAGUCGUUGCAGAGAGCGUCCCGCCAGCAAUUGAGGCCUUUGACGAGCUGGUCAACUCAGAACUAAAGGACUGGUUGGAGUUGAGCGGCAAGUUGGGAAGCGUCAUCGAGGGCCAGUCCAAGGCAGUUGAAGGGGCAUUCGCCGCCCAGCGCCAAUUCCUCUUCAUUGCCAACAAGGCCAAGAAACCCGAUGACCGUACCCUUAUGGAACUUCUCAAGGAUCUUCAGGCGAGCAUGGAGAAGACAGACGAGUUCCGACAGAGCAACCGAGACGCGGCGCUCAAAGAUUCCCUUUCCAUGGUCGCGGAUGGUGUUGGGUCGCUUGGAUGGGUCGCAAUUGGCCAAGGUGGAGGCAUGAAGCCCCAUGAGCACAUCAAUGAGCUGGUUGGUGGGGCUCAGAUGUACGGCAACAAGGUGCUUAAGGAGUACCGCGACAAGCCGGAGGGCGAAGCCCACGUCAAAUGGGUCCAGGCGUACUACAAGCUCUUCAAAGCUCUCUCCGAAUACGCCAAGAAGCACCACGCUACUGGCGUUGCCUGGAACAGCAACGGCAUCGAUGCCAAAGAAGCCGCAAAAGGUCUUUCGGCCACUUCUAGCAUGCCUCCAGCUCCUCCCGCAGGGGGUAUCCCACCGCCGCCCGGUCCUCCCCCACCACCAGGUCCUCCACCACCACCAGGCGCGGCGCCGGCAGCGAAAAAGGCCACACCCGACAUGAACGCCGUCUUUGGUGAUCUCAACAAGGGAUCAGACGUUACCAAGGGAUUGAAGAAGGUCGACCCAAGCCAAAUGACACACAAGAACCCGUCGCUGCGAGCGACUGCACCUGUACCCACACGCAGUGAUAGCACCGGCAGUUUGGGCAGGAGUAAGAGCCCUGCGCCGCCAAAGGCGAAGAAGCCUGAAAGCAUGCGGACCAAGAAGCCCCCCAAGAAGGAACUGGACGGAAAUAAGUGGAUAAUAGACAACUUCGACUCUCCAGGCGAGAUGAUCGAAAUUGAUGCCGAAAUCAACCACUCCAUCCUCAUCUCCCGCUGCAAGAACACGACCAUCCGCAUCAACGGCAAGGCGAACGCGCUCUCGCUCGAUAACAGCUCCCGCACAUCCCUCAUCAUUGAUUCGCUAGUCAGCUCCGUGGACGUGAUCAAGUGCCCCAACUUUGCCCUCCAGGUCCUCGGCACCCUACCCACCAUCCUGUUAGAUCAAGUCGACGGCGCCACUGUAUACCUGUCCAAGGACUCAUUAGCCACCGAAGUCUUCACAAGCAAAUGCAGCAGCAUCAACAUCAACCUUCCCACCGAAGACGACUACACAGAAAAUCCGCUGCCAGAACAGCUCAGGAGCUACAUCAAAGACGGCAAGUUGGUCAGUGAGAUUGUAGAACACGCUGGUUGA